UUUCCUAGGAUAGGAACUAGCCGCUACCAAUCCCACUGUGGCAGGAUCAUUUUUGUGCAAUGUCAGCUUUGGCUUGGAGUGAUUCACCGUCUCGUCACCCCAGGUACAAAGAAAGAUUGCAUAAAAAGUUCCUUAAAGAAUCCAGCCCAAAGUUAAACUUCUCUGGAGCCUUCAAUAGCCGCCAUUGGAAAUUUUUACCCAAGGGCCUGGAUGAUUUCCGAGAUGGCUACCCCCCAUCCUCUGACACUAACCAUAGUCCAUUAUCUAAUUGUACAGGACCAGCUCCCAUUUUGAAUAACAGACUUAAUGAUCCUGGAUCAACAGAGAAAAAGCCAAAGCAAAGGUUUACCAAGGAACAAACUUGUUUCUCUAAGCUCCUCCCAUUACAGCAAGCUCGUAGGGAGCACAUUGCAGAGAUAGUGUAUGGUCUUACACAGCAUCCACUGGCUCUUUACCCUCAUCUAGAAGAAGGACUUCCUCCUGAAUUAUUUGAGGAAGUAGUGGAAAUCAUUGACCCGGACAUGACAAUAAGAAUUUCUGCUGGGACCUAUGAACAUGUAUUAGAGGAGCAAGAAGACGAGGGUGACACCUCACGCCAUGAGCAACAGGAAACCCAGAGUGCAAAGUCAAGGGAUCUAAGCACCAGAACCUCAGUGAUGAGUGAACAGUCCAGAUCAAAAAACCCCUACAUUUGGAUUUCGAAGGGUGAAGAGGAAUGUGUGAAGGAAGACAAAAAGGCCAAGAUAAAAAGGAAUUUGACUCCUGGACUAGAUGAGAAUGUCAAAAGUGUUGCUAAGGAGUUCUGUAAUUGGGUGGUUUCUUUGGGUGGGGAAACAUGUAAUAUCAAUGAAUCAACCAUCUUCGGUCUUUUUGCUAGCGGGUAUGAUACUAAACCUGCAUUCAGCAUCCCUAACCAUGUGGUAGAGCUUAAUAAUGUGCCACCAGAACUGAGAAUGUCAGCUGGAGCCACACCUACACAAAGCGCUUUGGGUGCUCAACGCAGAAAUCAGAGAAAACCAUAUCAGGAACCUAUAUACCAGCCGAGCUGGGUGAAAACAAAGUAUGGUGCUUGGUACCUGGACCCAAAAACAUGGAAGAAGCAGACAAUCAAUGAAUCUUUAAAAGAUCCAAAAGAUGAAGCUAUAAACAAGAAUGUAGAUUCAAAAGCCAGUCUUAGUCCAAAGGAUGAAGAAUUGCUACAACUUUAUGGAACAGGAGCUUUUAAAGAAUUUCUGAAAAAACGAGGCUACAGAAACCCAGAGUUUGUCAACAAAUUAUUUCCUGAGGAGGAACCUGCCGGUCCAGCAAGUGUCUUUUCCAGGGAAUCCAGAGCAGCGUCUACUUCAAGAAGUACCUGGAUUCGAUCUACAUCAGCCUCCACCCAUGAAGAAAGUCUUAUAAACUAGCUUGCUUAUUGAUACUCCAACUUAUAGGGUUUUCAAAUCUUGCUAUGUUCUAAUACAUGAAAAAAGCUGUUUCUAACUAUAGGUAUCCAUAUUUUUUUUCAUUUGAAUCUGUAUACCUGAACUCAUCAGUGAGAAUGGAGUGAGAGUUUUCUGUUUUUUCUUUCUCCCCUUGUUAGUGUGAAAUAUAAGGGGCACCAUUGGGUAUGAAUGAUUGCCUAUUCAUUUUCUUCCUUAAGAGAACAGUACAUAUUUAGGCAGUCCAUUGAGAUUACAUGAUAAAGUUUCCAAAAAUAUUAUGCCUAGUAAACUUCUAUUAUAAAUCCAAA